GUGCGCUGGGCUCGACCAUUUCUGCUGACUUUAUUUCGAUGGCAGUGAUGGUCGCAGUCGUCACGAGUAUUUCUUCUUCCACACACAAUUCUUAUAUAAUUUACUUCACUCACCAUGAAGGUGCUCAUCAAAGGCGGCAUAUGGAAAAACACUGAAGACGAAAUUUUAAAAGCUGCCGUUAGCAAAUACGGUAAAAACCAAUGGGCACGCAUUUCAUCGUUGCUUGUCAGAAAAACACCCAAACAGUGUAAAGCUCGAUGGUACGAAUGGCUUGAUCCUAGCAUUAAGAAGACGGAAUGGUCAAAAGAAGAAGACGAAAAAUUACUUCAUCUUGCCAAACUCAUGCCAACGCAAUGGCGUACGAUUGCACCCAUUGUCGGCCGUACACCUGCUCAAUGUCUUGAACGAUAUCAACGAUUGUUAGACGAAGCCGAAGCAAAAGAAGCCGGAGCUGAUCUUGGACUGACGGGAUCAUUAGGUCCAGAGAGUGGACCGAGUGCAGACGAUGUGCGACGCCUUCGACCAGGUGAAGUUGAUCCUGAACCUGAAACUAAGCCUGCACGACCGGAUCCUGUUGACAUGGACGAAGACGAAAAAGAAAUGUUAUCAGAAGCUCGAGCAAGAUUGGCUAACACACAAGGUAAAAAGGCUAAGCGAAAGGCAAGAGAACGACAGUUGGAAGAAGCAAGACGUUUGGCGUCCUUGCAGAAACGACGUGAAUUGAAGGCAGCAGGCAUCCAUUUAAGAAUGAAGCGAAAGAAAGGUGAUAUGGACUACAACGCCGAUAUUCCGUUCGAAAAGCCAGUGCCACUUGGAUUUUACGAUAACACAGAAGAAAAGAGCCGACCUGUCGACCCUGGAAAAUUGACCAACGUACAUCUGUCAAAACUGAACCGUCGACGUGCUGACAUUGAAGAGGAGAAGCAGCGUGAAAAGAAGAGGAAGGCAAAGCAGGCGGGCAACAAAGGUGGUGAACAGCCUGAAGGAAACCAAGGCCGCUUCGUUCCAGCAAAGAAUGCCAAACUCAUCAAAGCUCAAGAGCAAGAACAAAUCUUCAAGCGACGGAAACUGGUCUUGCCUGCACCGCAAGUGGGUGAAUCCGAGUUGGAAGACAUUGUCAAGCAGGGCACCAAUACUGAGAAUGCACGCUCACUUGUGGAUGAUGACGAGGGUGGCAUGACUAGUGGUCUCAUGGGUGAAUACACAUCUACGCCAAAGAACUUGCCCACACGUACACCGAGAGCGCCUCCAAGUGCCGACAACCUUGUCAUGGAAGCACGAAAUCUGCGAGCAUUGACGGAGACACAAACGCCCUUGCUUGGUGGAGAAAAUACACCCAUGCGUGCAUCGCAAGGCACAGGUUUCGAUGGCGUGACGCCCAGAUCUAAUGAUAUCCAGACACCCAACCCUCUCCUCACACCACGCACUGACAACUCGGUACUUUCAACACCACGAUCACAAGUUUCAGAACCUGCUAUCAAACGCGCUGUGAAAGAAGCAUUGGCUGGUCUUCCUGCCCCUCGCAACGAAUAUGAAAUCCGUCUUCCCGAGCUGGAGAGCCAACAAGAGAAAUCAGAAGGCAAAGAUGGAAAGAAGGAAGAAGACAUGUACGAUGUCGAUAAACGAAACAAGGAAAAGGCCGCCGCCCAAGAAAAAGACGCUUUAGAACGACGAUCAUCGGUCCUUCAACGCGGAUUACCUCGGCCAACACGAUCACCUGCAAAUUUUUGGAAUGUCACCUCGCAAAUCGAAUCCCUUAUCCAAGAAGAAUACUUACGCUUAAUAACGCACGACAUGGUGAAGUAUCCAGCAAUGGGUAGCAAAGUGACACCUGGCACAGCUGCUUUAGGUGAUUUGGAGCAGGUUGAGCAAGAAUUUACCCCUCAAGAACUUGCAGCUGCUCGUCUCGAAAUGGAAAAUGCUGUCAAGGAGGAUCUGGGCCUGGAUCAAGAAGCAGAUGAGGCAUCUGUGAAACAAGCGAUGCAACAGCAUGCAUCCCAAGACGAGUUCAAGAGCGUUUGGACCCGGGAGCACGAAGAUGUGGUACUUUCUGCACAGAUGAACCGAUACUUGAAGCUGGACGAUAUCAAGGAGACCAAAGAUAUUCUUCAGGGAUAUGCAAAGGUCAUUGAUAAUAAUCGUCGCACCAUGAUCCGCCAAGCAGCUGAAGCCGGAAAGUUGGAAAAGAAGCUCGAUAUCCGAAUGGGUGGCUACAUGGGUCGAUCUACUACUCUUAUGAAACAGAUCAACGAAGCAUACGACGAAUUGGAGACGGCCAUGGACGAAUACGUCAACUACUCUAAUUUACAGGCUAUGGAGUCAGCAGCUGUGCGCGUUCGUGUUGAUAAUGCACAGAUCGAGGUCGACCGCUUGCAAAGUCGAAAUAGCAUGCUCCAGCAAAGAUACAAGGAUUUGACAAACGAAAAGCAAAAUUUGAUUGCUAGUAUUCAGAAUUUAAUGGCCUAAAUAAAAAAAAAGUUCUGUUUUCUUAUGUGGGUGAAUACAUUUUCUUGGAACGAACGAAUCACCAUGCGGGUAGCACGCACUCACUGCUAUGC